UGUCAAGUAGCUUCUGAACGACUGUUUCAAACCCCGCAAAACAUUUAAAAAACGCUCAAAAUAUUGAAUUAAAUUUUAUUAAAAUUAUCACUGAAACAAGACUGAAAUGAGUGCAAAAGUAACUGUAAUUCAUUGGUUCCGUAAAGGACUUCGUGUCCAUGAUAAUCCAGCAUUAGUUAAAGCGAUAGAUGGGGCUAUAAAAAGAAAGGCUUAUUUGAGACCAAUAUUUAUGCUUGAUCCAGGUAUUGUAAAAUGGAUGACUGUUGGAGCGAAUAGAUGGCGAUUUUUACAAGAAACGUUAGCAGAUCUCGAUAAGAAUUUAAGGAAGUUAAAUACAAGACUAUACGUUGUGCGCGGAAAUCCAAAGGAUCAUUUCCCAAAGCUUUUUGAAAAGUGGAAUGUCCAAUUGAUUACAUUUGAGCAUGACAUUGAACCAUAUUCUGUUAAACGCGAUCAAAUACUCUUAAAAGAUGCUGAACGUUUUAAUGUAGAAGUUAUGAUCGAAUAUUCUCUUACUGUCUUUAAUCCAGAAUUAGUGAUUAAGAAGAAUAAAGGCUCAGUACCAAUGACAUUUCAAAAGUUUCUGUCUGUUGCUAGUGAGCUGAAAGUUCCACAACCGGCUGAAAAUCCAAAUAAAGUACCCAAAUCGUGUGAACCAGAACUGGAUGAUCUUGAAGAAAAAUCUAUAGACUGUUAUAAUGUACCUACUCUUAAACAAAUGGGUGUAAGUGUAGAAGAAUUAAGUAAAGCUUCUAAGUUUCCUGGAGGUGAAACGGAAGCCUUAAGAAGAAUGACUGAUACAAUGAAACAAGUGGAUUACGUUUGUAAAUUUGAAAAGCCUAAUACUGCACCAAACUCACUCGAACCAUCUACUACUGUAUUGUCACCAUACCUUAAAUUUGGAGCAUUAAGUGUGCGACUAUUUUAUCAUGAAAUUAAAUUAGCCUACAAAGGUAGAAAGCAUUCACAACCACCAGUUUCACUUGAAGCUCAAGUGAUAUGGAGAGAAUUUUAUUAUUGCGUUGGAUCUGCUACACCAAAUUUUGAUCGAAUGGUUGGCAAUAGAAUUUGUGCUCAAAUCCCAUGGGUACACAAUCAAACUUACCUUGAUGCUUGGAAAAAUGGGAUGACAGGCUAUCCAUUUAUUGAUGCUAUAAUGCGCCAGUUAAAACAAGAAGGUUGGAUUCACCAUUUAGCUAGACAUGCAGUUGCAUGUUUUUUAACAAGAGGCGAUCUUUGGAUAAAUUGGGAAGAAGGACAGAAAGUUUUUGAAGAAUAUUUACUUGAUGCAGAUUGGGCACUGAAUGCUGGAAACUGGAUGUGGUUAAGUGCUUCUGCAUUCUUUCAUCAAUACUUUCGAGUCUACAGUCCAAUAGCUUUUGGGAAAAAGACUGAUUCACAAGCUGACAAUUUGGGCUUUAUUGACAUACACAAUUUAUUUAUUGAGCCAUAGUGAAGGCGCAGUUAUACGACCUAAGGAGAUAGAGACAGAUGAAAUUUCGCCAUAUUUAAAAGCAUUUAGCAGUCAUGAUCGAUUGCGGAUAGCAGAAUAUGAGAGACUGAAGCGAUCUUUAAUGCAUUUUAAACCUAUAGAUUGGAAUGUUGUUGUACAACCUCGAAUAAGUGAUACUGACAGCUCAUCAUCGUAGUGAUAAAAAAUUGUUAUUAAUUUAUUUUUUUUUUUUGCUUAAAUUGUUAUAUAUUGUGAUGAUCUGGAAUCUAACUGAUAAUGAUUAUAAUUAAUAAGCAACAUCAGCAAUGAAAAAAAUACAAUUUUAAGAAUGAUUUCGCUUCAUUUAUUUUCAAAAGCAAUAACUCGACUGCUGUUUAAGUUUGAUUACUGUACAACUCGUACACAAUUCUUUAUUCGCUCGUUUGCUCGCAUACUCGUGUCACUUAUUCAAUAAAAAAAGUGUGAUCUACUGUUGAACAAUGAGAAGGCCGAAAAUUUUCGUGGAGAUUUCGUCUUUAGUUCUGACAAUGUAUGUCGUCAUAUCGCUAUUUAAAAUUUGCAGUGCUGGCCCAAAUCCAAUUACUGAUAAUGAAUCUGAUGAUAGUCUUGAACAUUCAAAUUACUAUUAUUCAUUUACUGACGAGCCAUACUGGAAGGCAUUCUCACCUUUUCUAAGGAAAAAACUAAAAAGGCAUGACUCACUAGAACGAAUGAUGUUACGAAUUAGAGAUUUGGACUUUAAGUUAAGAGAGGCAUGGACUCCAAAAGAUAAGCCUUUUACACAGCAUU